CUGGAAAACAAACCAGUCAAGGAAAACUUUGGAGGCUGCCGCACGUGUAUGAAAUGCUUGCUCAACAAAGCAGUGGUCGUUGUUCGAUUGAAUGAUCCCCUCUGUAAGCCGUGUUUUCUUGCGUAUUUCACGCACAAAUUCCGUGCCACGAUCGGAAAGGCACGUGUGAUCAGGGCAGGCGAAAAAGUUUUGUUGGCUUUUUCUGGUGGGCCUUCUUCCAGCGCUAUGUUACACUUGGUAUGUGAAGGAUUGAGCCCAGGAGCGCCCAAAAAGCUUCGUUUUGAACCAGGAAUCGCUUUCAUUGAUGAAGGGGAAAUUUUGAAGCCAACCAGGGAAGAACGGCAGAAAUACAUCGAACGAAUUCGAGGUAUAGCAUCAAAGACAGAAUUUCCUUUUCAUCUGUUUAAUUUGGAGGACAUUUUUACCUUGGAGAAAUCUGCACAAGAUGACGCAAUUUGUUGCAAGAAAUUUGAAAAACAAGAAAGUGGUAAUGAUUCGGCAGAAAAACUUUCAAACCUUUUUGACGUGACCUUAUCUAUGACUGCAAAGGAAGACCUACUGAGAACAUUGCGAUGUCAGUUACUUCUUGCAACUGCCAGGAAAGAAGGUUAUUCAAAAGUAAUGUUAGCUGACUGUGCCACUCGCAUAUCAAUCCGGCUGUUGUCUGAUGUCUCUCAAGGAAGGGGUGCUGACCUGCCAUUUGACACUGGCUUUAGUGACAACCGUCAUGGUGAUGUCACCUUGAUAAGACCAAUGCGUGAAUUUGCGACCAAGGAAAUUGCACUGUAUAAUUUCUUCAACAGUGUGGAAACUGUGCCAAUAACAACACUAGGAACAAUGAGCCAUACUCAUGCAAGUAUUGAUCGCCUGACAGAAGAGUUUGUGACUGGUCUGCAGGCUGACUUUCCAUUUACUGUCAGCACAAUUUUUAGGACUGGAGACAAGUUAUCAGCAAUGGACUCCUCAGAUGAUACAACAAACUGUGCCUUCUGUGGAGUUCCCAUGAAUCUUGGACCCAACCAUUUUUCAACUCUCAGUGAUUCUAAGCUUGAUUCUAAGCUUGAUAUUGGGGCAUCUUCAUUUGUGGGUGAUUGUGACAGUGGGUGUUCUAGCUCAUCAUCAGGUCGCUGGUUGACCAAACAGCUUGUUCUUGAGACAUUCUGUUAUGGUUGUCAGCUGACCUUUAGAGAUGUAAAGUUCAACCCCAAUGAUCUGCCAGCCUAUGUUGUAGAAACUGCCAACAAAAUUCUACAGAGAGCCCAGAUGAAAGAACAGAUUAAAGAUUUCUUAUUAGAUGAUAGUUGACCUCUAUGGUCUAUGAUCUUGUGUGCGCGAAGGGAAUGGGUAGAGUUAUGCCAUCUCUUUCCUCUAGCCUUGGGACUGAGACGACAAUCAUAAUUCAAAAUGUAACAGGCAAAAUCUACAGAAAGACCUGGUACAUGCUCAAAACAUAUUAUGUUGUGGUUCAGUUUUAUCCUCAGUUUAAAUUUUAUUUCCGUUUGUUUUGGGGUUUGGUAAUGUAUGGUAAUGAAUUUAAAACAAAGGGAAAUAAAAAUUAAACCAAGGAUAAAAUUGAACUACAACAUAAUUAACAUUGAAAGUUAUUAUAUCUGAUUUGUUUGUUUGAAUGUGCAUGUAGGUGUGUCAAAUAAAAUUGUUUCUCAGGUUAAACCAGUGAGUUAGCUCUUUGGUAGAGAUCUCACCCUGGUAACCAAGGUUUACAGCUGUUUCGGAUUACACGCAUUCUUUGAUGUUCCUGUAAAUUUUCCUUUACACUAGAUGUUUUCAUAAUGUUAGAUUUUGAGAACAAUGUUGUUACUACAAUGUAUGUAGUAAUAAUAAUAUAAAAGACAUUGUUCAGGGGUUUCAAUAAAAUUUGAAAGAUACGGCAGUGCUGACUGUAUCAACAAGGUUUAGAUGAAUCUUUCCUUUUGAUUACUUCAGUAGACCAUUUUACAGUUGUGGGCUUAGUAUCCUAGCCUUUAAGUGGAUGUGAGGCUGAGGUUGACUUUGUUUUGAUACAAACCUCUUUCCUUUUCUUAUUUAAAUUAUGCUUAAAUUACGUAGUUAGCAUAAGAAAAACCUGAUUUACAUAAUAAAUCAGGAGGGGUUGUAUUAAAGCAAGGUCAACUCCAGCCUCUUUUUCCACUGUAACUGUAAAAUGCCUCUUAGCAAAGUAGCUAAAGCUUCUUAUUUUCCAAUCAGUGCUUAUAUUGUAAGCAUUGGUUAUCUGAAUGAAAUAAUUUUAUUUAAUUUUCACUCAAUGCAAACCAUUGUAACCUUAGUUUCCAGAGCCUCCUGGCCCAUUAUUAUACUAACUACAAUUGACUUUCCUUCAAGCCCGCAAGCAAGCUCUCUAUUCAUGGUAAGUGAAGUGAGCUGCAAGAGAACAUGCACAAGAAAAUGUUCUCGCAUCUCCUUUUUCGUGCUACUCUCUGGCCACUUCUCGCAUUUCCCCCAAAUGGAGAACUUGCUAGCUGGCUACUUUCCUUCUCUAAUCAAAAACACUGAAAUUUUUUUCUCCAGUUCACAUGAACUCCUCUAUGGGUUUGCCAACCGCCUGUCUGCCGAUUUUACACCACCCCCUGGACUGGAAGGGAGAAAUAGCCUUAUAUGACGGAGAAAGGGCGAUGACGAAUACCGCUGGCCUGAACCAGGCUCAGUUUCUUGUUAUCCGACGACGAACGUCACUUCAUUCCAGUCAAAAUGAUCAAACUUGCAGAGUGGAUUAUAUUUGCUGGACUAGCGUUUUCAAUCUGGAUUACAUUAUUAACAGAUAUUCUACCUCUUAAAGUAUCUUACAAAGCGAAAGAAGUGAUAUGGCCGGUAAGUUUAGAAAUGUUUGACUGCACGUGUGGUAUAAAAACUAUCCACAGACAAUCGUGGAAUUACUUGAGCCUAUCUAUUAUAGCUUAAAACAAUUUGCCUCUGAAAUGAUUUAUUUUUUACAGAUGCCAGUAUAUGCCCUGAUAGUCUUUGGAGUAAGUAAAUUGUAUUUUAUUUUCCUUUAAUUUUCAGUUGUUUACGUGUAAUCUUGCUGUCGAGUCCAUAGCUUAGAAGUUGUAGCCCUACGUUUUUCUUUUCGUUUGCAGUGUUAUUCUUUAGCAACUAUAGGAUACCGUGUAGCGACCUUUAAUGACUGCGUAGAAGCCUCUGAAUCUUUGAAGCAG